AACUACGGCAAACAAUUCGUGGCCGUAAUGAAGGCGUGUUCCGUACGAGUACCUACCGGUAUGACAGGAUGCCAUCGGUGACAACGGUGACACACCGACAGAUGUCGUGAAGGAGAGCAUAGAGGGGUCACGAGAAGUCGUCGACCAAAUCUACAAGCGCGGAACACGAAAAUCUUAAGACGUAUAUGGCACAUAUGGAGAACGACGAGACAAACUACGUCGACGAAGACAGCGACGACGAAGCCCCAGAUCUAAUAGCUAUCGCUCCCGAUCGCGUUGAGAAACGUCCGGAUGGCGGCGGCGAUGGCGACGCGCCCGCAAGCAACAGCCCCGAUGGCAGCAACGAUGUGGAGACUCCUCCCCCGUGUCCGGUGACCAUCCUAAGCGGAUUCCUGGGCUCUGGAAAGACCACACUCAUCCAGUACAUUCUCAAAUCCCCCGACCACGGCAGGCGGAUCGCCGUCAUCGAGAACGAGUUCGGGGAGGGCCUCGCCAUAGAAUCCCUGAUCGCUCGGGACGGCAUCGAUCCGGGUUCGGGUUCGCUCCAGGACCUGAUAGAGCUUCCCAACGGCUGUGUCUGCUGUACGGUAAAGGAUUCGCUGGUGGAAACCCUCGAAAACCUGAUCGCCAAGCGUUCCGACCUGGACUACAUCCUAAUCGAGGCGAGCGGGAUGGCCGAUCCGGGUCCGAUUGCCUCGGUCUUUUGGCUGGACGACGCCCUGGAAUCGAGGCUCAAGUUGGACGGAAUUGUGACCCUGGUGGACGGCCGACACAUCCUCGAUCAGCUGGAGGCGACGGAGGAAGCGGCCCGGCAAAUCGCCUACGCUGAUCGAAUCCUCCUCAACAAGGUCGAUCUACUAGAGGGGAACGCUCCCGGAGAGUCAGUGACCGCCUCAUCGGUUCGCUCCAGAAGUGUCUCCGAGGUGGAGCAGAUCCUCCGAAAAAUCCACCCCACGGCACCAAUUUUGAGGACAUCUUUUUCCAAGGUCCCGAACCUCGACUGGAUACUGGAUGCUGAUUGUUUCAGUGGGUUCGAUCACCUGGAGGAAGUGGAGCACGGCUUGGCCCAUGCGAGCCGUUCCGCGGGCAAAACACACGGUAAUUCCGAAAGAGGUCACGGCCACGACGAUCACAAUCACCACCACGAGCACGGCGAUGGCCACGAUUGCUCUGAGUGUUGUGAGCACGACGGAACCGAUCACCACACCGAGCACCACCACCACCACCACCACCACCACGCAGACCACCACGAACACACGCACACAAACUCGAUCUCGACUGUUGCCUUUGAGCAACCUGGUACCGUCGACGUGGCACGGCUCAACGCCUGGCUGGCGGACAUAUUGUGGCCAAACCAGGACGAGACCGACAAGGUGCUGACGGCUAUGCUGCACCGGCAAGAGGAAGACGGUGGCAAACACGACGAGGGGAGGGGAGAUCCUCCGAUGGGCAACACUUGGAACGGCAGGCACGAAUCGGGGAGCAAAGAGGGCACGCAGCAGCAGAUUUUUCGCAUCAAGGGCAUCCUUUCGGUCGAGGCGAGCGAUGAUUAUUUCUGGGACGAAAGCGGGGCCGGUGACGUUUGUGAUUCAGAGGCCGGGGGCCGUGGCAGCAGCAGCAGCACUACCACCACCACUUUGGUUCUGGAUCCGAGGCGGUUCAUAGUUCAGGCUGUCCACGACCUAUGGGACAUCCAGCCCGUGACGAGUGCCGACCUCCACUGGAACACGGGGGAGGAGCGGGUCGGAAAGAUUGUCGUCAUCGGAAAAUCCCUAAGGGAGGCGGACCUCCGGGCCGGAUUCGAGGCCUGUUUUUUGCAGGAUGCAUAAACAAAUUAAUAGUCGACCGAUCCUGAAAAUUCGCUCCGGUUGCAACAACAAUGCUACCCGUUGCAUACCAAUAUAGAUACAAUAUAAAG